CGUGCAGCUGUCAACGCGGCGGUCACACUUCGCACCAGAGCAGCUGUCAAACGGGCUGCGAAGAUUAUUUACAUAUCGUGCCGAACAUCAACAAGAUAUGCGUGCGUGAUUGGAUGCUUUAGCCCGUUUGUGUGUGGAUUAACAAAGAAUUAUCAGCGAGUAGCUACGAGUAGUGACAUUCCGACGGCACACGGGCGCCAAACACUCCCCCCAUACACACCCACACCAACCAUGGGCAAGCUGGAGCUGCUGCAAACGCUGACCGGGCACGCUGGGCGCGUGUGGAGUGCGGCCUGGCAUCCGGGCGGUAAGCUGUUCGCGUCCUGCGGCGAGGACAAAACGAUCCGCGUGUGGACCAAGUCCGACACCGACCGUUGGGUGGCACAGACCGUCCUUACCGAUGGGCACACGCGCACGAUACGGGACGUGGCGUGGUCCUGCUGCGGCCACUAUCUCGCCUCGGCCAGCUUCGACACGACCGUGGCCGUGUGGGACAAAAAGUCGGGCGAGUUCGAGUGCAACGCGACGCUGGAGGGGCACGACAACGAGGUGAAGAGCGUGACCUGGUCCCGGUCGGGCAAUCUGCUGGCCACGUGCAGCCGGGACAAGUCGGUCUGGAUCUGGGAGAUCCACCACGCGCCGGACCAGGAGGACGAGUACGAGUGUGUGGCGGUGCUGAACGGGCACACGCAGGACGUGAAGAAGGUGUGCUGGCACCCGCAGGAGGAUCUGCUCGCGUCCGCCAGCUACGACAACACGAUCCGCAUGUACCGGCAGGACCUGGCGGACAGCGAGUGGGAGAUGCUCGAACCGCUCGAAUCGCACAGCUCGACCGUGUGGAGCAUUUCGUUCGACGCGACCGGCCAGCGGCUGGCGUCCUGCAGCGAGGACACCACGGUCAAGGUGUGGCAGCAGUACGGGCCGGACAACGCGCUCGGCAUACCGUGCCCGGACCGCGGCACGGUGUGGAAGUGUGUCUGCACCCUGUCCGGGUACCAUUCGCGCAGCGUGUACGACAUCGACUGGUGCAAGCAGACCGGGCUGCUGGCGACGGCGUGCGGCGACGAUACGGUGCGCAUAUUCAGGGAGGCGAGCGACUCGGACCGCAACGAGCCCACGUUCGAGCUGGUGGUGACGGUCGAGGCCCACAGCCAGGACGCGAACAAGGUCGCGUGGCAUCCGACCGUGCCGGGCCUGCUGCUCACCGCGAGCGACGACGGCGAGAUCAAGCUGUGGCAGUACGUGGAUGCGGAUUGAGAUGGACACGGUGUGUACUGCCUUUGGGCGCUCUGUGCGACGUGGUGUAAUGGAGUUAAAUACAAUAAAGCUGUUUCUAGUUUAGUUCAAA